AUGGACCGGGUAUCCCUCUCCCUCCGGUGCCGCCACGCCUGCGCCCGCUCGGAGAUCACCCACGUCUCCUUGACCGACACGGCCGCCCUGGCCGUCUACGUCUCCCCCCCACCGGCAUCCCUCUCCUGGGUCGACACCUUCUCCCUCACCCGCAAGCCUGGCAAGCUCGCCUCCCUCUCCAAGAGCUCCGGCUCCUACGGCGCCUUCCCACCAUCCAUCGCCGCCAGCAACACCACCGUCUACGCCGCCCUCAAGGACUGGACCAUCCGCGUCUCCGGCGGCAUCGAGUACUGCCACUCCAGCUCCGUCCUCGUCCGCGACCUGGACUCGGGCAAGACCCUCCUGGAGAUCAAGGACGCGGGCCGCUCCCCCAUCACCUGGAGCCGUGACGCCCGCCUGGUCGCCGCCGGGGAGGCCAACAACCCCGAGCGCAUGGGCAUCUGGGACGCGAAGACGGGCGCCAGGGCGGGCAGGGUCAUCUCCCACAUCGACGCCGUCACCCACGCCGCCUUCGCCCCCCCCUCCUCCUCUGCCAGCACCAGCAGCACCCUCGUCACCCUCUCCCGCGACGGCACCCUGAGGAUCACCGACCCCCUGACCUCCCGCACCGUCGCCAGGCUCGAGCUGGCCUCCCGCAACCCGCGCGCCCUCGCCGUCGCGCCCCACGGCAACACCAUCGUGAGCAUCUGGGACUCGUCGCUCUACGUCUGGCACCCCCGCUCCGGCGACCUGACCUCCUACGCCCUGUCCGCCACGCGCCAGGCUGAGGGCUGGCCCCUCUGCAUCUCCCCCGACUGCCGCUACGUGGCCUGCCGCACCGAGGACGGCUUCGACCUCAUGGACGUCUCGUCCGGCGUCGUCGUCUUCGGCAUGACGACCGAGUCCAUCGUCACCGCCGCCGCUUUUUCUUCCGACUCUUCUGUUUUGCUUUUGGGGAGGAUGGACGGCAUUCUGGAGCUCUGGGAUAUUUCCGAAAAGGGUAGGUAA